AAUUGCCGUUUAUGAUCUCGGAGGCGGUACCUUCGAUGUGUCGAUCCUCGAGAUUCAAAAGGGAGUCUUUGAAGUGAAAUCGACGAAUGGUGAUACAUUCCUCGGCGGAGAAGAUUUCGACGUUACCCUUGUCAAUUAUCUGGUCAAGGAAUUCAAGAAAGCUGAAGGAAUUGAUAUCACUAAAGACCCUAUGGCUAUGCAGAGACUUCGUGAAGCGGCUGAAAAGGCGAAGUGCGAGCUGUCAUCCACCACCCAAACCGACAUCAACCUCCCCUACCUUACUAUGGACGCCAGUGGGCCGAAGCAUAUGACGCACAAACUGACACGAGCAAAGUUUGAGCAGCUUGUAGCUGAUCUUAUUAAACGUACUAUUGAACCUUGUAAAAAAGCUAUGCAUGAUGCUGAAGUGAAACCGUCAGACAUUCAUGAAGUGCUACUCGUAGGCGGUAUGUCCAGAAUGCCGAAAGUGCAAGAAGUGGUGAAAGAGGUGUUUGGAAAGAUGCCAUCCAAGGCCGUGAACCCGGAUGAAGCUGUUGCCAUUGGAGCGGCGAUUCAAGGGGCUGUACUGGCUGGAGACGUCACUGAUUUGUUGCUGCUUGAUGUGACGCCAUUGUCACUUGGAAUUGAGACCCUUGGUGGAGUUAUGACAAAGCUUAUCAAUCGGAAUACAACGAUUCCGACGAAGAAGAGCCAGACAUUUUCAACAGCAGCCGACGGCCAGUCUCAAGUCCAAAUUAAAGUAUGCCAAGGAGAACUCACCUUUGAUAUCGAUGCCAAUGGAAUUGUCAACGUUUCGGCGAAAGAUCGCGGAACUGGAAAAGAACAGCAAAUCGUGAUCCAAUCCUCUGGUGGAUUAUCUAAGGAUCAAAUCGAAAAUAUGAUCAAGGAUGCCGAGAAGAAUGCUGCCGCAGAUGCCAUUAAACGUGAAAUGAUUGAAGCUGUGAAUCAGGCUGAAUCGAUCAUUAAUGAUACUGAGAGUAAAAUGACUGAAUUUGCUGAUCAAUUGCCGAAGGAGGAGUGCGAGAAAAUUAAGGUCAAAAUGGAAGAAUUACGCAAGGUACUGGCCGAAAAAGACAACAAAUCGCCGCAAGAAAUCAAGGACGCACUCUCGCAACUCCAAAAGGACUCUCUACAACUUUUCGGCGCCGCCUAUCAAAAGAUGGCCGAGAAAAACCAGAGCACACAGCAAGCGGAAGAAGCCACCCCAAACGAUGCUGGCAAAGACGAUAAAAAGGACGGGUCCAAA